AUGGUUGAGGCUAUGGAAGUCACCGUAGAUACCCAAAUGCAAGAAGCACCUCCCGCAUCUAAAACCUCAAAACGCAAGCAAACCUAUAACGGUCACGAGCACAAAUCCAUCACGAUCACAUCACCACUUUUUUCCUACAUCCAUCUCGAGCUCCAAACCUCGUCAUUGAAAAAACCACAGCUAGAUGAUAUUACAGCAAAAUCAUACAUGACGUCAGCACUGACACAAUUUCUGGGACUCCAUGGCUCUGCUAUCUCGAUUGAUAUUCUGAAGACGGAGGGCAAGGAUGUUUGGAUUAGAGUCAUGAGAGAGGAUGCUAGUGCGCUGGUAGCGGCGCUGGGUGGAUGGGUUAAGAGGUUGGGAAAUGGAGAUGAGCAGGUUGGUUGGAGGGUGAAGGGGAGAGCAAAUUGGUUGGGGGGUUUAGUGGGGGAGGAGGGCAUUGAGCUGGUGUGGAAUGAUUGA